CGUCAACUUUUAGCGACAAGUAACCGUCUUCAAAACAGAAACGCUGUUUAACCCGCAGCAGUUUAGCAUCACAUUUGCUCAAUUGUCGGAGCUCAGUUGGGGUUCUGUUAGGUUCAUAUUGAUAUUUAUGACGGUGUUUGUCAAUAUUCUUAUAAAGUAAAUUUAUAAUGUAGUUUUUUUUUUUUUAUUCCGCGCUGUUUGCUCCGCCUCUGUUCCUCCUGCAUUAUGGAAGUUGGCCACCUCAGUCUGGGCAGAUACAUAAAGAAGUGAGAGUAUAUUUUAUUGCUGUGAAUAUUUAGCCGGUGAGCGACGCAUUGUUUUUAUAUGGAGGUAACGGAUAUUGGAAACAAGGAGGAAGGGAAAGUGUGGCAUCGAAAACCAACACCUGGCAGGAGUGUGUUGGUGACAGUGGUCCGCACUGCUCUGCCAACCAAGACGGUGCGUUUCCUCCAUGUUGCUUUCGACACCACAGGGGAUUCUUUUCUGGCUGGAGAUCACCAUGGCAACAUUUACCUCUUUGACAUCAGUAGAAACAGGUUUCGCUUGGUGCAGAAGACAGGACAGGCUUGUACUGCUCUAGCAUUUACCCUCCACAGGACAACGGAGUUCCUUGUAGCUUUGGCUGACUACACUAUCAAAUGCUUUGACAAAGACACAAAGCAGCUGGUCAGUUGGAUGCGAGGUCAUGAUGGAGCUGUUUCUUCCAUCUCCAUCCACAGCUCAGGCCGGUACGCCAUCUCAACAUCUUCAGACACAGCUCAGCUCUGGGAUCUGGACACCUUCCAGAGAAAGAGGAAGCUGAACAUCAGACAGUCUGUCGGCAUACAGAAGGUGUUCUUCCUUCCUCUCAGCAACACCAUCCUCAGCUGUUUCAGUGAUGACUCCAUCUUUGCGUGGGAGAGCGACACCUUGUUCUGCAAAUACCAGCUCCCUGUUCCCGACGCUGGACCCAGAAUUUCUUACAAGGCCUUUGCCGCCACCCGUGAUGGUAAAAGCCUUGCCGCAGGGGGCCGCUCCAACCUGUUGCACAUGUGGUGUCUGGACCGCCAGCAGCUGGUCAGGGUGAUCCAGAUGCCCACUCAGGUUCGAACCGUCAGGCAGCUGGAAUUCCUGCCUGACAGCUUUGAUGGAGGAGCCAGCCAGACUUUGGGAGUGCUGAGCCAGGAUGGUGUGAUGCGGUUCAUCAACAUACACACAUGCAAACUUCUCUUCCUCGUGGGUUCUGUGGAUGAAGCCAUCACCACUGUGGCAGUCGGCCCAAACGGUCGACACAUCGCAGCUAUCAUGGAUAAUGGUAGCAUUAACAUCUACAGUGUCCAGAGCCUGACGCAGGAAUUAAACAAGCCUCCUCCGUCUCAGGUAGCUGUGGUGUCUGGUGGAAAAGCUGAUCGGGACAUAAGGUUGAAGGUUAAAUCAGAUGUGGUUCAGAGACCAGCCAGGAGCUCAGGCAGAAGAAUACAGGUGAAGAUGCUAAGACCGCCUGCAGGGUCUUCAGCUGAGGAUAAAGAGAAUGAACUUCCAGCUGGUCUGAAUAAGAAGAGACUUGUAGCUCUGCUGAAAUCGUUUGGAGAAUUUCCUGCUAAAUACAGGAUGUUUGUGUGGAGGUCUUUGCUGUGUCUCCCAGAGAACCACGCAGCAUACAGCAGUCUGACUGACAAAGGCCUACAUUCAGCCUUCCUUACUCUGCAUGACAAAUACCCCAUCAAGAGCCACAAACUGCAGAGAGGAUUGCAAAGGGUUUUAUCUGCCUUAGCUCACUGGGCAGCCAUUUUUGCAGAGGUAGAAUAUCUCCCUCUGGUAGCUUUUCCAUUUGUGAAGCUUUUCCAGAACAAUCCCAUGCUCUGCUUUGAGGUGGUGGCUACUGUCAUAGUGAACUGGUGCCAGCACUGGUUUGAAUAUUUCCCCAACCCUCCUCUGAACAUCCUGAGCAUGGCAGAGAACGUUCUGGCUCACCACGACAAGGAGCUGCUGCAGCACCUGGUGGACUGUGGCAUCACCUCACAGCUGUAUGUGUGGCCUCUGUUGGAGACCUUGUUCUCAGAGGUUCUAACACGCGAUGAGUGGCUCAGAAUGUUUGACAACAUCUUCUCCAACCAUCCAUCCUUCCUGCUGAUGGCCUGUGUGGCUUACGCCAUCUCCUGCCGGGAACCUCUACUGCUGUGCUCCCAGAAAAAGGACUUUGAGUACUUCUUUCACCAUCGCAACAACCUGGAUGUUGGAGCUAUGAUAAAGGAGGCUUACAGGAUUAUGGGUACCACACCAGCUGACAUCCAUCCCCGAACAAUGCUCUCUGACUUUAUGCCCCUCACCAGCAGCCAGUACCCCGUCUUCAACCAGUACCCAGAAUUCAUAGUGGAAUACCAAAGCAGGGAGAGGGAGAGAAUACGGCUGCAGGAGAUGGAGUAUCUGAAAGAAAGGCAGGAGUUGUCAGCACUGCGUGCGGAUUUUGUGCAUCGCCAAGCUGAAGAGAGAUCCCACUACGCCCAGCAGGAGCUGCUUCAGAAAGCAGAGGAGCAACGUAGAAACAUCUUGGCACAAGAAGAGGAGAAGCUUGCACAGCAGAGGAGAAAGUUGGCAGCAAUGAAGAGAGAGCUGAAGGUGAAGGAGUUACACCUGCUGGAUGCAACUAGAAGACGCUUCCUCAAACACCAGCAGGAGAUCCAAGCCUCACAGAUUCAAAGGCUGGACCAGGAGAUCAGCAGAAAGAUGGAUCUGCGUGAGCAAGAGACGGCUGCAGCGGUUCAGGAUCUGGAAGUUAGACAAAUGGAGUUGGAGGUGCAGAGGAAACGCCUUGAGCAGGACUUGCUGAUGGAGCAGGCGCGUGUAGGACGGGAGGUUGAAGAGGAGGUGCAGCUGAAAAUGAGGGAGGCUGAGAGAGCAGAUGAGAGUUACUCAGAGCUGCUGCACAGCGCAGAGAGCAACCUGCAGGCCCUGGAGGAGCCCCUGGCAGAGGCAUACCAGCUGGGCCUGGAGUCCGACUGGCAGAAAGAGGUGCUGGAGUGCCUGCAGCGGGUCGAUGCUGAGCAGGAGAAGAAGAGAGAGAGACUGGCAGAGCUUCAAAGGCAAACUCUGGCAGAGGAGGAGAAACUGGUUUACACCAUGAGAGACGUGUCGGGGAGAAAACGGGAUGAAGUGAUGAGUGCCAGAGCACAGUUUCAGGAGCAACGACUGUCCUGGUCCAGAGCAGAAACCGAAGGAGAGGGACAGCCACUGUGUCCAUCUCGAAGACUUCUUCACAGACCUGCUGCUUCUGUUGCAGCUAAAGGUGUAAAUACAGCCAUGGGAGGCAGCUCUGGCACCACUCAGAGGCAGGAAGGAGCCAACAUGGUGUGUCUGAACAGCAGUUCUCCUUCAGGGAGCACCUCCACCAACUUCUCCCUGGACCGGGGCCGGGCCCACUUGGACAGCAGUGAGAGGGAGCUGCUGAAGGAAAUCAGAGAACUAAGACAGAAGCUGGCAACCCGAGCCAAAGAGGCCAGCUCAGCCUCCUCGCAGUCUGCCCACUCGCUGUCCUCUGUCUCCCAGUGACCACGAGCUGAAUUCUGUCAUCUGCCUGUUUAAGGAAACAUAUUCUGGACCGAAGCUCACUGCAGCAAAACAGAAACAGUGACUCAGACCGUGGACGAUACUGACUAGCUGCUGUGUUUAUUUGCCAUCCAACCUUCCAUCUGAGGCAGGUUAUGGGUUUCCUCGUGUCAUGGUAACUCUAUGCAACUUAACUGAGAAUGAAUGAGAGGGUUCUUUAACAAUAUCCUUGUAAGCAGUGAGCAGCUUUAUUUAAUUUCAGUUCUGAAAGUCUGCGAAUUGCAAUGAUCCUCUUGUGAUCAAAAGCCAAACUACACAGAAUACUAUUGAUACCAUGGGUGCUUUUCCUUCCUGCCUUCAUUUCUGCAUCUUUCUCUUUAUGUAGUCCUUAUUCAGAAAAAAACAAGACAGUGCAACAAACACUGUUGAUGCAUCAAGCUGCAGCUUGGUGAAGCAGUGUCAGAUUGGUUUGUGUGAAAGUGCUGCAUUUGUAUUUCUGAGUUUCACAGAAACAAAUAAGUAGCUGUAACUAAUUAGUUCAGUUAUAUUUGUGUUUUCUUCAGUAAAAGCGCUGCUACUUUGAUCUUUUAUUUCAUAGAUUUGUUUUAUUAUAUUUCUCUCAUUUAAAGCUGUUUUUGAUAAAGUC